AUGUUUCUGCUGCUGCCUGUGUGUCACUGCUGUGUCGCCCUGUUGUGUCCGUGUGUGUGUGAGGAGGAGGAGGAGGAGGAGGAGGAGGAGGAGGAGGAGGAGGAGAAAGGAACCUCCAUCAGCCUCAGAGAGGAAAAAAAAACUGAAACAAGCGUCUGUUUCAGGUCUGAAGGAGAAAGAUUUGUGUGGAAUAAACCUUUAAAAUCAGAAUCAGCAGGUGGAUCCACUGAAGAAGAAGAAGAAGAAGAAGAAGAAGAAGAAGAAGAAGAAAUGUAG